AUGGCGACGACGACGACGACGACGCUGCCGCCCCCGCCGUACAUGCUCGGCGAGCGCCCGACGCCCUUCCACGCCGGCGACGGAAGCGUCACGUUCCGCCAAGUACCGUACGUGAGCGUCCACGCGCGCAUCGAGAAGGGCACCGCGGUCCGGAAACACCUCAAAAAGUACCUCGAGUCGAGCAGUCACUCGCACUCGAUGAUGGCCCACGCCUUCUUGAGCGACGCCCACGUGGCCUCGAUGCAACCGGAAGAGAUCUCAAAGUCCUCGAUGGACGACGUCUUCCGCUGCCUCCAGCGCUACAACCACACGGUCGGGACCAAGUCCAUGGAGGUCGCCAAGGCGCUCUCGCAGCUCGCGUCGCCGCUCGACAAUGCAGGCCGCGUCAAGAAGUGGAACAAGGACAACUACAACAUCAUUCAAAAGUGCGUCCAGGACGUGGCCGCGGCGGAAAAGCGCAUGGAGCGCGCGAUCGCUCGGCGAGACAAGGCGAUUGAAGAGCACGCGCACUGGAAGCGCAUCUGCGAGAUGAACGCUGGCGCCGUGGCCAUGCAGCCCACCAACGCCGACUGCCAACGCGCGCUGUCCGUCUCCCUAGCCAAGGCCAAUGCUGCCGCCGAGGAAGAGCGCAUCGGCCUCGAAGAGUACGAAGCCUGCAAGAAUGCGCUCCACUCGGCGAUCGAGCACCGCGACGACAUGGUCGAAGAGUCCACCGAAGCGUCCCAGAUGAUGGAAGAAGACCGGCUCGAAACCAUGGUCCUCAUCUUGCAGCAGUUCAUCCAAGUCAAGCAGUCGGCGCUGGCGGCGGAAAUGGACAGUUUGCGCGACCUUGCGCGCAUGGUGUCGGCGACCGACCGGUCCGCGACGAUCCAGCAGUACAUUCUCGACCACAUGCAACCAGACAUUACGCACCGGCACUCGAAAGCGCUCUUCCUCCUCGAGUGGCACUGGAAGUGGCACCUCGAGCGCAUCGAGCUUGCGCGCAACGAGCCCGAUGACUAUCUCGCGCUCGAGUCGGACGCCUUGCCCUGUCUGCAGUCGAGUGGCAUGACAGUUCAUGACGUCGAGGUCAUGAAGGACUUUAUCGCGUGCUGUUUUGUCGAGCCCGACCUCUCGCGCAUGAUUUUGGAUCCGACCAAGGUCUCGACGCGGCACCGCCGACGGUUUGUUGACCCCAAGUCCAAGGCACUGUACCGCAUGGACACGGUGCGCAAGGUGCUCGUCGCGGCCCUCAACCAUCAACGCACCCACUCGCUCACUCUGUCGGCUCAAGGCUACGAAGCGCUCGUGGCAUCGAUGAACCUUCUCUUGCAUGGCUGCAUGGACCGUGGCGACACCAAGUGUGCCAAGAGCGUCAUGAACAUGGCGCAGACUUUUUACUGCAUCGACGUGGACGGCAGCACGCACAAGUACCUCCUCGACGGCAUCGUGCACCACCCGAUUUGGCAAACCGCCCAUUUCUGGGGCGACGCAGUGCUCAUGAGCAUCGGCGAAGAGCUGAGUCGAAAUCCGAUGGAGACGCCGUGGCACUACUGGCCGCCCGCGAAACGCGCGUCGCUCGUGCUAUCCGUGCACAACACGGUCUUUGGCCAGCUCUCGACAUACCUCUACAACAUGGCGGCGUUCCGAAUGUCCAAGCACCAGAUCAUGCAAUUCGUGCAAAAUGUGGCGUUUUCGUUUGAGCUGAGCGAAGACCAGCGCAUUGUGCUGCUGGCGAGCGCGAAUGGCCUCGACACGACGUCGGCCUCCGACGCCUUGGCCCUCGAAGGCGGCGACGCGGCCAUGUUUACGACGGCGAUCUUUCCCGAGUGGCGGCAGCGCGCGCCGCCGGGCCGGACGCCGCUGCAAAAGAUGCGCCACGGGCUCUCCAAGAUCAAGGGCAUCUUCGACCAAGACUCGGCCGCGCAAGCCGCGUCGACGCAAGCGCUGCUCGCUAACGCUCAAAAGACGAGUGAAGUCUGGGAAAGCCUCUUUGGCGACGACCCGAAGAAGGCGCUGCCGCCGAGCGAUGCGAUCGAGCUCGCGACGAACGCCCCUGCUCUCUCGACACCCUCCAUUGCCCGCGUCGAGAGCGAAGACGAGGGCAGGACCAGCCGCGUCGAUGCUGCCCCCAAGAGCUACGAUGCGCUGUCCGGUGUGGCGGCCAUACGAGCGCGCUUUGAGAAGCGUGGUUCGUCCUAG